UCAAGUUGCUGUUCCUUCCGCCUUUAAUAGAUGGCAGCAUAUGAUUUGUCCAUAGGACAAAGAAUGCAAGAUUGUGCGACAAGAACAGAUGAUAUUGCCAUCUACCAUUACAUUAAUUUGUUUAACAAAAUCUAUUUAUUAAUGAAAUUUAAAAAAUUAUGCAGUAAUCUCUACAAUUGAAAUUAAUUAUAUAGCGACUAAAACAUUUAAGUAUCUGUAUUACGUACAACACAUGUGUGCGUGUCUAUUAACAAAUUUAAUUUAAUGUUGACAUGAAUAACGUAUCAUUCAUACUUAUUUUGGCAAUAUAAUUAUUCUACAUCUGUUUGUUUAGAACUAGUGUAAAUAAUAAAGUCUCAAUUUAUGCAAUAUUUAAGAAAUUAAUAAUUCAUAGCAUUUGUUAUAAUGUAAAUGAUAUUCUAGAUCUUAAAUAUAAUUACAUAGCAAGUAAUAUAUUGAAUUAUAUAAUGAAUAAUCAUUAGAACUAGCUACAACUAAUUUUAUCGACACGGUGAAUUAAAAGUAAUCUUAUUUGACGUUAAAAUCUCCUUCACUUGUCUAAAUUAUUGCAAAAUGGUUUUGAAGGGCGGAGGUGUGUGAAAACGGGCGCAAAAAUUUUAGAUCUAAACAAGAAGCAUCUUUGACGUAGGACACAAAAUUGCAUAUUAUGUCAGGUUAAUAGUCAAUGUAUAAUGUAUUUAGUCAAAUAGUUAAUAUAUGUAUUUAGCCAAUGGCCAUAUCACAGACGAGUAUAUAGGAUAGACUUUGCAUCCUUAUAUAUUAUUGUCAUUUUAGUAUCAUAAAUAGUUCAAUAAUCUCCUGAUAGAGAGCGCAGCUGUGUUUAAAUAUAGAUUUGCAGAUCUAGUGUAUAUGUACUUCAUUUUGUAAUUUGUAAUGGAAUACGAUGUAUUCAUACAUACUUUUAAUUGCUAUGUGAAUGUUUAUUAAAAUGUUGUAAAUUACACGAUAUAUAUAUAUAUAUAUGCUAUUAUAUAUUAUCGAUUCCAAUGAAUGUUAAUUCUCAUUUAUCAUUUUUAUUUUGUUUCUUAAAAAAUGGUUGAUUUGGAGGUGUAUAAAAAACAAUUGAAAAAGAUUCGUCAAUUUGCACGUGAAAAUGAUAUUACGGAAAAUGAAAUCAAUAAAGCUUUACAAAAUUCCUUUCGUACUCUUGAGAAGAAAAAGAAGAAAGUUAAUUUUCGUUUCUUUAUGAAAAGUAUGGUUACAUUAUUAUUUAUAAUAAUUAUAUGUUUUAUAUCCUUUGAUAAAAAGUUCUUAGGUGUGAUGCUACUGAGGAAUUUACAGAAUUCCAUCUAUCCAGGCUUAAAAUUACUUAGAAAAAUAGCUAUACCAAUAAUUCAACAUUAUCCCUCUUUAUCUGAAUUAUAUGACGAAUGGUGCAUAUUAGAAAAUCCAUAUUUUUAUGUAAAUGAUAUGGAUUGUUGGCCCUGUAGUGUUGUACAUUUUGUACCUGAUUUAAGUAGCCAUCAUAUAUCUAGAUCUUUUAAUCUUGGCAUUCCUUAUACAAAAACAGAAAAUUUAUCUCAAGUUCAUAUGGAAGAUAUACAACAAUUAUUGUGGCAAAAUUCAGGAGUAUUUAAGAAAGAUGCUAUGAGAGUAUUUUCUAACAAUAAAACUUACAGAGAUAUUCAAGAUAUUAUGGAAAAAAAUAUGGAUUUAAAUCGUUCUAAAAAUUUAAAUAAUCAUAUUACAUGGAGAAUUAAUAGCAUGACAACAGGAAGAAUUUUGAGAAAGUUAUUUCCAAAACCUGUUGAUACACCAAAUUGGUGGGAACAAAGCACAGAAAGAUUUAUUAUUUUUGAUGAACCAAAUUCUCCACCUUACUCUUUACCAAAUCCUGAAUGUAGUAAUAUAAUGAUAAGGUGUACAGCUGGUACAAGAUUGAUAAAAAUGAUAGCAAGUCCAGAAUGUAGUGCAUCUUGCGAGUCCAUCAUAGUAUUAUUAUCUGCUGGAAAAGCUUUAUGGUACAACUGGUGGUAUUGGCGACCAGUCAGCCUUCCAGCUUUGAAUUCAACUAGUAUUACCAUUAGUUAUAUGACUUCGUUCUGCUGAAUUACUCUUUCAAUUAAAUUAAUUUUAUAUAACUAUGUUUCCACUACAAAAAUUUUUCGCUAGUACAAUUGGUUUUAUUGUUACCCCUUUCCCUUUAAACAAUUUUCUAAAUAACUGCUUUUGUGAAAAACAUACAACUGAUUUUACAUAAAACAAUACAUUAAUAUUUACGAAAUAACAAUCUAAAUUUGUGCUCAUUUUGUAAAGUUGUAAUUUAUUAGUAAAUGCAUGAUAUUACAGUAUAAAAAAUAGAAAAAACAUCAACACAUGGAAUUGAUACAAAUUAAGUUACAAUUAGAAAAAAAAGAAAAAGAAAUCUAAUUGUAUUUAAGACUUUAUAUAACAAUGUAAUAAUAUAAAAAAAAUUUUGUUUAUUGGAAUUGAAUUUUUUAAAUACAACUUAAUUUGCUUUAAGUUUUAAAUAUUAAGAUAAAGCACAUAUUUCUUUAAAUAAAUAAAUCUGUUCAAAAUUUCUUCCCUAAAGUUUAAUCAUAUUUUUGUUGUAGUUUUUGUUUAAAUAAAACAGGUACUAAUGAUAAUACAGCAAAUAUACAUAAUAUUAUAAUGCUAUUCCACGACCAUGCGUCAGAAGAUGAAGUUAAGUUUUGUAAUGUCUGACCUGCUUGAAUAGCAACAAAAGAUGGUGGAGCAACUCCAAAAAAUGUGCCUAAGGCAAAUGGUACAAGAGGCACUCCAAUUACAGGACUGGCUAAAUUUAUAAACCAAUUUGGUAGUAAUGGAGUUAUUCGAAGAAAUAGCAUAUAAUUAAAAAGGUGGUCUUUGUGCUUCUUUACUGUUAACGUCCAUUCCCUUGCUUUUUCUGGGAAAUAUUUAAAAAGUAAUCUACGUCCCAAAAGUGAAGAAAGAAAGUAGCAAAGUGAUGCUCCUAUUGCGCUGCAACUGCAUACUAAUAACAAAGCUAAAGGAAAGGGGAAAAGAAAACCAGAAAGGAUCGAAAGGAAAAUAGAACCUGGAAUAGCAAAAGUUUGUAAG